AUGUGCUCCUACAACAACAAUAUCGAGAAAAAGGGGUUUAAUAAAUACUCUGAUUUGAUAUCUUGUCUUCUUGUGGCUGAACAAAAUAAUGAGCUCUUGAUGAAAAAUCACGAGGCUCGUCCCGCAGGUACAGCUCCAUUCCCCGAAGUGAAUGUAGCAAGACACAAUUACUAUGUGCAAAAUCAUGGUCAUGGUCGUGCGCGGUACUGCGGUCGUGGUCGUGCCCAUAAUUAUGCUCGUGGUUUUAAUUUUGAUCAUAGCCGCAAUGGCAAUCAUAAGAAUGUAUCUUUUCACCAGAAAUGGAAAAAUACUGAAAAGAAUGAAAAAGGUGGUCAGAGUAGCAAAAAUAAAGAAAAUAUUUGUUAUCGUUAUGGAGGGAAAGGUCAUUGUGAUCGCACUUGUCGUACACCAAAACACCUUGUUGAUCUUUAUCAAAAAUUAUUAAAAAGUACAAAUACAAGAAUUGAGACACAUUUUACUAAUGAAGAUGGUGAUCCCGAUUAUGACAAUAUGGAUGUUACUCAUUUAGAGAUUGGUGAUUUCUUUGCUGAUCCAGAUGAAAAAAUUGAUCACCUUAUUGGAGAUGGAACUGUCAAGAAAUAG